GCAGGCAGGCAGUGUGAGCCUACAGUGCAGCGAAAAACUUGGAGCAGUGCUGAAGACGUGGCGGGGGCAGGGCAGCAGCAGCUCAGCUCCCAGCAGGGCAGGGAGAAAUGAACUCAGGAUCCCGGGCACCUAAGCAGAUGGUGAUAGGAUCCUUUGUCCCUUUUUUUGGUGGGAUUACGGUCUUUGGUAAAGCAAAUGGAGAGAGGGGAAGCUUCAAUUGUAGAUCUAAAGAAGAAUUUGGAAUAUGCGGCGACUGUUCUUGAGUCAGUAUACAUUGAUGAAACUAGGCGUUUACUGGACACAGAAGAUGAACUCAGUGAUAUCCAGUCUGACUCUGUGCCCUCAGAGGUCCGUGACUGGCUGGCUUCUACCUUCACACGGCAAAUGGGGAUGAUGCUCAAAAGGACUGAGGAAAAACCCCGGUUCAGGAGUAUUGUCCAUGCAGUGCAAGCUGGGAUAUUUGUGGAAAGAAUGUACAGGCGUACUUCAAAUAUGGUCGGCUUGAGCUACCCACCAGCUGUAAUUGGAGUGCUAAAGAAUGUAGACAAAUGGUCCUUUGAUGUAUUUGCACUAAAUGAUGCCAGUGGGGAUCAUGCACUGAAAUUCAUUUUCUAUGAACUUCUCACACGCUAUGAUCUGAUCAACCGUUUCAAGAUUCCCAUAUCUGCCUUGGUGUCUUUUGUGGAAGCUCUGGAGGUUGGCUACAGUAAACACAAAAAUCCUUAUCACAAUCUAAUGCAUGCUGCAGAUGUCUCACAGACAGUCCAUUACCUCCUUUUCAAGACAGGCACUGUGCACUGGCUGACAGAGCUGGAGAUCUUCGCUAUGAUUUUUGCAGCUGCCAUACAUGACUAUGAACACACUGGAACCACCAACAAUUUUCACAUCCAGACAAGGUCAGACUCAGCAAUUCUAUAUAAUGACCGGUCUGUGCUUGAAAAUCACCAUGUUAGUGCGGCGUAUCGUCUUUUGCAAGAUGAUGAAGAGAUGAAUAUUUUAUCCAAUCUCUCAAAGGAUGAUUGGAGGGAAUUUAGAGCUCUAGUCAUUGAGAUGGUGUUGGCUACCGAUAUGUCCUGUCACUUCCAGCAAAUCAAAGCUAUGAAGAAUGCUUUGCAGCAGCCAGAAGGAAUUGACAAGCCGAAAGCCUUAUCACUAUUAUUACAUACAGCAGAUAUCAGUCAUCCAGCCAAGGCCUGGGAUCUCCAUCAUCGCUGGACCAUGUCUCUGCUAGAGGAAUUCUUCAGACAGGGUGACAAGGAAGCAGAACUAGGGCUGCCCUUCUCUCCUCUGUGUGAUCGGACAUCUACUAUGGUUGCUCAGUCUCAAAUAGGUUUCAUUGAUUUUAUUGUGGAACCCACCUUUACUGUGCUGACCGACAUGACAGAGAAAAUUGUGACUCCUCUAAUUGAUGAAGCUUCCCUCUCUGGCAUGUCUGGAUUUAGGCAUUCCAGUUUGAAUAGCAUUAGAACCUCUGAAGUAAAAAGAUCAAGUGUCAAGAGCACUGGGUCCGAAGGAAGUGCCUCACUCAACUGCUCCAUACUCACUGUGGACUUCAAAUGUUUUAAAGCCACCUGGACUGAGGUGGUACAGCAGAACAGGGAGAAAUGGAAAGCACAAGCCACCAAAGAAGAAAAGGCUAAGAGAGAAGCAGAGGAAAAUGCUUAUCAGGCAACAGAAGAAAAGGAAAGAGAUGAACAGGAUGGGAAGCCAGGUGAAGAUGUCACAGAAGCAAAGACAAUAAAGAGCAAAGAACCAAAUCCUGGGGAAAGCAAAAAGACAGAGUCCAGUAAGAAUCCUGUAAAUGGGACUUGGCAAAGUGGUAUGAGCAAACAUGAAGCCUAUCAAGGGAAAAACACAUCUAGGACAGACAAGAAAAUGGAUCCUCAUCAUACUGUAGGAGAAGAGAAACAGCAUGUCCAGAAUGGUGAAUUAAAGGAAGACAACAAAUUGGAUGGAAAAGGAGAUACUGUUAUAAAAAUGAAUGAGGCCAGAUCUCAGAAAGCGAUUGAAACAGGCUCUCGUUUAUUUAAAAACCAGUCGGUGGGAGCAGAGAAUCUGGGAUAAGCCCAGAUCCUCACACAACAGCUCAAAAAGUGAACCAGAAAGGAACCAGAGAGCAAAAGAACAACAAAGGACAAGAAAAGAAGAACCCCAAAAGAAGAAGCCCCCAGGAACCGAAAACUCCCCUUUUUAUAACAAAUUCCUGGUCCAGGAUUGGUGGAUUUUUGGAUCCACGCACCGAUUGGUUGAAUUCGGGCGCUUUGAUUGGUCCUUACUGGGGUUCAUUUUGGACCAAUCAUUUCCCUAGGGCGUCGAGUGAUUGGUUGAUGCUCCAGCCCAAUCACUCUUUGAAUUGUCCACCUCCUACCCCCACCAAGUCCUGGACCCCUUUCCCUUCCCCCACAACAAACAACUCCCCAACAUUAUUACAAACUCAUAACAGAUACUGCUUGUUACCCACUACUGCCCUUUUUCCCAGUUUCAAGAAAAUAAAUAUGGGGAUGCCAUUUCACAAAUAAAGAUACAUACCUGUCAGAGA